UCUCCUUCUCUUCUUCCUCCCAACCGCUCGCUCCCUCGCCCCCAGCCACCCUCGUUUCGCCGCCGCUACCCAAGCUCGCCGGCGCAGCGGCGCUGUCGAUCUUUUCCCCCGCGGAAAGGCCAAGAGUCUAGACAAACUCAGAUUCAUGAGUUCAGGUUCAGGAAAAGCACUGGCAUCCAGCAUUUCCUAUUCAGCAGGAAAGAGCAGCAUUUUCUUGCUCUGCCUCUUUGCAGGAUACCUGGGAAUUCCUGGCAGCCACUUGUUCAUGACCGUUUGCAGCACUGCAUCUCCUUUCAUCCUUGGAAGUUGUGGAGGGAACCUUCUGUAGUCUACUGUAGAACAAGUCUUUAGUUUCUGUUAGCUGGAAGCUUGCCCUGGAAACGGUAGGACUUUGAGUGAUGGUUUCUUCCCAGAAAUCCUAUCUGACAAGAACCAUCGCACAGCACCCUGAGCUCUUCACAGCAAAGAUAAUUCUCCCAAUGGGUCCCCCGGAUGUUGUCUCUGAAAGUGAUGAGUUUGAUUUCUCGGAUGUUUUUGGUACCACUCCAGUCCAGACGCCGACAGGCAUUUCUGUAGCUGGUCCAGACAGCCCUGCACCUUUGGUUGAAUCCAACGAGGAGGUUUACAAUGAUCCUAUCGUCAUAAUCAAACGAUCCCAUUCUCUUGUUGGUCCAACAUCACUUGUUAGCCACUCCUUGCGACUUAGCAAUCUUGCUCUAAACAAAGCAGAAGGGUCAUCAGAUCCUGUAGAAUGCACCUCGGAAGAAAAGGAAAGGAACCUAGGGCAGCUCAGUGAUGAAGAGUUUGAUAAUGCCACAACGGAAAAUGAAGGUGUUGGGCUUGAUGACUUCGAAAUCUUGAAGCUUGUGGGCCAAGGGGCAUUUGGGAAGGUUUUUCAGGUGAGAAAGAAAGGUACUUCAGAGAUAUACGCGAUGAAAGUUAUGAGGAAGGAUAAGAUCUUGGAAAAUAACCAUGCGGAGUACAUGAAAGCCGAGAGAGAUAUACUGACAAAAGUUGACCAUCCUUUUGUAGUGCAGCUCAGGUACUCCUUUCAGACAAAAUAUCGACUUUAUCUAGUCCUGGACUUCAUAAAUGGGGGUCACCUCUUCUUCCAGCUUUACAAGCAAGGAUUGUUCAGAGAGGAACUUGCACGGAUCUAUACUGCUGAAAUUGUAUCCGCUGUAGCUCACCUUCAUGAGAAUGGGAUUAUGCAUAGAGAUCUAAAGCCCGAGAACAUCCUUUUGGAUGCCAAUGGCCAUGCCAUGCUCACUGACUUUGGCCUUGCGAAAGAAUUUCAUGAGAAUACAAGAUCAAACUCGAUGUGUGGCACAGUAGAGUAUAUGGCCCCAGAAAUUAUUCUUGGCCGGGGGCAUGAUAAGGCAGCUGACUGGUGGAGCGUUGGGAUCCUCCUCUUUGAAAUGCUGACGGGAAAGCCCCCAUUUGUUGGGAACAGGGAUAAAGUUCAGCAGAAGAUAGUGAAAGAAAAGUUGAAGCUUCCAUCGUUUUUGUCCAGUGAAGCUCAUUCCCUUUUGAAAGGACUGCUCCACAAAGAAGGUGGCAAGCGGCUAGGAAGCGGCCCCGGCGGCAGCGACGAGAUAAAGAGGCACAAGUGGUUCAAGCCGAUCAACUGGAGGAAGCUGGAGGCCCGGCAGAUCCAGCCGAGCUUCCGGCCGAACGUGAGCGGGCUGACCUGCAUCGCCAACUUCGACGAGUGCUGGACGAGCAUGCCGGUGCUGGACUCGCCGGUGGCCACCCCUGUCGCCGGCGGCGCCGGGCACAGCAGCUUCGCGGGGUUCACCUACGUCAGGCCAGCUCCGUUCCUCCAGGAAGUCAAGCCGCCCUCUACCUCCAGGCUGAAAGACUAGCUAGCACCGUGAGAGUGAAGCAAGGAAACGUGCAGCAAACAAGGCGAAAGAGGCGAAGUGACCUGCAUUUGCGCAGAGGCUCAUUUAGCUCUGUCAGUGCAACCAAGUGCACAACACAAAGGACCGACUCCAGUUGUUACUCUCUUAGAGCAAGGUUAAAAACACCAUUAAAUCUUCAACAAAACUUCUUGCUAUGGUUGACUAUAUAUUUAAAACUUGUUUGUU